CGCUGCUCACUUUACCAGUGGCCGUGCUAGUGAGAGUAAGGUAGCUUUUCUUUCUUCUUGUGUCACCAAGUUUCUGCAAAAAUGGCUUCGCUUAUUAUUGGAAGCUUUACUCUUGUGAAAUCCGAAAAUUUCGACGAGUUCAUGAAGGCACUGGGCGUUGGUAUGGUGAUGAGAAAGAUGGGGAACUCGGCGACUCCAACCGUCACCUUCACUGAAGCAGCGGGCGAGUACACCAUGAAGACGGUCACUACUUUCAAAACAAGCGAGGUCAAGUUUAAGCUCAACACCCCCUUCAAGGAGACCACCAUGGACGGCCGUGAAGCUGAAUCCACCUUCACUCUGGACGGGUCCAUCCUUACCCAAAUCCAGAAGGCGAGCAAGGGCCCCGAUGUGAAAUACAUCCGCGAAUUUACAGCAAACGAACUGAUCACAACGUGUGAAGUGGGUGAAGUCAAGUCGAUCCGAACCUACAAGAGAAACUGAGCCCCCUUCCCUACUCCCCACGUAUUUUCAGCCGAUCCGCUGAUGAAUUUUUUUGUGAGAAAUCAUCGAUGUAAUA